AUGAAAGACAGUGAACGACGACAAUCAUCAUCGUCGGAAUCAUUCAAAAAACGAGAUAACUCACAAGUUCCGAGCACGAGUGGUUAUGGAGCCUCGACAUCUUAUCCGGAGAAAAUUCUCCCGGCGGUUACUUCAGCAAAAGAAUCAUCUCUAUUACAAGUGAGGAUUGGAGAGAAUAAUAAACGCGAAUUUCAUCUUCGAAAACCGAUAAAUAUAGAGGCGAAUUCUCCAGCCGAUGAUGAAAAAUCGUAUCAACUUAUCAGAGUGAAGAAGCUCGAAGGAAAAUUGGAAGAGCUGAAAGCUCGUAAUGAGCUUCUGGAAAACUUUAUGGAAAGUAAAAAUCAACAAGUCAACGCUACUUCUGUAACGUUAACCAAAUGCAAGACUGUAAAUGUACGUUUAGCGCGGAAAAUCAUUGACAUACGCACUAAAAUGGAAGUGAAGGAUACUAUAGAUUAUCUACUCUCAUCUGUAACAAAGAGCCAAAAUGAGCUUUCGAACAAGGAAUGGACAAAGAAGUAUUCAGAAGAUGUUAAAGAAACAGUUGUUAACUUCAUUAAUCAGACAUCAUCUCUAUACAAACAAGAAAUGGAGAAGCUUCAAAGGGAAAAUGAAAAACUACAAGGGGAAAUCGAAGAAAUAACGAGACAACGAAACAUGUAUUACGAAGAAUUGAGCACAGCUCGGAGAGAUAUCAAGAUUUUGGAAGAAUCCUGUAUUGACAAGAUGCACAAACAGCCGUCGAUUAACGUGAAAACUCAAACGGAUGCCUGUGUGGAAAACGCUGCUUCUUUGGCUUCUUUGAAUAAUGGCGGUUUUGCAGAGGAUGACGAUAUAGUCUUUCCGGAAAUGACACCAGCGAGUCCCCUCACCCCUAAAUCAUCCCCUUUAAACGAUGCUGACCCCUUUGCAACACUUAAAUUUUCUAUGCCCCCAUCAAACAUAAGUAUUCCCUUGGCAAGGACUACGCCGAUCGCAAAAGUCAAACGCCUCGAAGCAUCCACCACUAAACGGCCACUCGGAAACAACUCUUCGAUCAAUUUCUCAUCAUCUGUAGACUCGUUGAACAGUCUUCGAACAGAGAACUCAAAUCUAACUUCUGAUAACGAGUGCCUGAAGAGUCGUAUAGAAAUACUUGAGGUAUCGCAGGAGAUGUGGAAAAACAGAUUCAAGCAGCUUUCAUCAAAAACUUCGAUAUUCGAGAGUUAUUUCGUAUUGCUUACUACUUGCUUUGGUGAAUUGGAGCAUCUAAAAAAGUUGCUGGUUGAAAGAAGCAAAGCAUUUGAUCAAGCAAAUUGCAAGCUGAACUUGGUUGAAAUCGAAAGCUGCCGUCUUCGCAAUGAGCUUGACAAACACAACGUUGAAGAAACGCAAAAACGCCAACGGCUAGAAGAGCAGCGGGAGGAUUUCCUCGAACUUCAAAAGAAAAUUUCAAAGCUGGAUGACGAACUUCAAAAAUAUAAAUUGGAGGUUGGAAAAGUUGUGAUACUCGAACGAAAACUUAAAGAACUCCAAAGCUUGAAGUCUUUAUCCGACGAGAAGGUUCAAAGCUUGAACAAAGAUCUACAAAGUGCAAAAGUUAACGUCUUUUCGUACAAAGAAAGCUUCAAUGAACAGAAAAAAAUGAUUGAAAAUCUACAACGUCAGAUCACAGCGGAAACAGAACAGAAGAAAAGGCAAUCUGAUGAACUCGCAAAUGAAAAGCUCGAACAUCAGAAUACAAAGGAGUUAUUGACGAAGCUAUCAUCGGCAACAAACACCACCAACUCUACAAGUUUUUGGAGUGCCGAGCUAAGUUCGUCUGUUGUAUCUACAUCUAAAACGAUCAACGUUGAUAAAUGUUCGGGUUGUGUAGCCAAUGAAAAGGUGCUUGCUGAGUUUCGAUCGUAUUUUUCAAAAGAAUCAGGAUCUGGAUGUUGCAAUUGCGAUCUACUAACGAUAGAAAAUCGUGCCGCAUCGCAAGUAAUUGAGAGGUACAAGGAGAUUUCAGAGGCCACAGCUCGUUCAGAGAGCUCGUUCAAUAGCAAGACGCCAUUGGGCUCAUAUGGUCCCUUAGGGACAAACAUUAGGGACUUAAGUGAUCUCCGAGAAAAUGAGGACCGUCUCAAGGAAAAAAUAACUCAAUUGAACGAUCACAUUGCAUCUUUGACAAAGCAUAAUACACAGGAUGUAACGCAAACGCUUCGAUGUCUGAUGCUACAAAGAGAACUCAAAAGUAUGCUGCGAGAUGAGGUUGCAUCACUGGGCACAAAAAUGGCUGUAAAUGGUCUCAUUUUGUCACGCGGAUUGGGCGACGGACCUCCACCCAAAAAGCGAAAAAUU